GUCAUUUUUUUGUGUAACACAUUCAAGAACCGCCAGUGUACGCAACGAAUUCCGCCGACAAGAGUUAAUCCGUUAUCGACGCGUUUCCAUUACGUUUCCCGGGUGAACAGAACUUUUUGUUUGAUAGUCGCGUGACAUUCGAACCGUUUCGUCAGAGAACAGUUUCGAGGAUUCUGUAAAAAUGGAUAGCCCAUUGCCGCAUAUUUUGGAGAGCGCGGAUUGCGACGGCCCAGGGAAACCGAAAGACAGGUUAGUUAGUCUUCUAGAUCAGAUCGAGGUUCACGUAGAACAAUUACGAAAAGAUGCCUCACGGCUCGAAGAAGAGAAAGACACACUCCUGACCACCUUGGACACGCUUAAAAAUAAUGAAAUCCUGACGGGAUUAGAAGACACUGACAGGGAUGAUGUGUUAAGGUACGCUGAGAGAUUAUCUGUGCGAUGUUUAACUGUUGAUGUUCUGGUAAAAAUUCAACGUGACCACAUUCAACAAGAAGCAUUGCAUCAGGUAAACAGUCUGAUUGAUAAUCUAAUAAUUGGUCUUCGAGAUGAUCCAGCUGUGACUAGACAACGUUGUGCAUCCUUCGUGAAUGCUUGCACCUCGCAUGGGUAUGGUCAAUCAGAUAAAAUAUUUGAAACUGCAAUUCUUGGAUGUACCAUGGAUGACCAGAAAAGAAUUAAGAAGAGGUUGCAGGGCUUAUUGGAUUACAUUGAUAAGAUGCGCAACAAUUCAAUUACUUUGUUCCACAGGAGCUACGAGGAAAAUAAAAGCUAAUUAAACCAGGGUGCUUGAUGAUAAUUCAAUGGUGAUGUUUUAUGGUAAAUAUAGAGAAAGCUGUUACUUAUAAUGCAUAACUGUUACCAUCUCUGCAUAUAUCAUGAUUUUCUACAAUACGGCCAUUGUAGAACUAAGUUUCUGUGAGGUUUGAGAAAGACAAAACCAUAAUAAUACUUCACAGAUAUUCUUCUGUUUGUUUAAAAAAUUUGGUGAAGUUUCCAGAAUGAAUACUUAUAAUAUAAUUUGAGAAACUAUGGCGAGUCAACAGCGUUCUUAGAAUAUAUAUUUGAAGUAAAACAAACUUGAUGCAGUAUUCGUGUCUAGGGCACAGUAUUUUUU